AUGAACAUAUCACAUAAUUUUCUACAAGGAAUACUUCCAGCAGAAAUGGGAGGGUUGGAGGCCAUUGAAGCAAUUGAUCUCUCUGGAAACCAAUUUUUCGGUGAAAUUCCAAGCACACUAGGUGACCUUAAACGCCUGAGGCAUCUUUCCCUUUCAAACAAUUCAUUACAGGGUCCUAUUCCUUCGUCGUUUGGGGACAUGAUAAGCUUGGAAUUUCUGGAUCUCUCUUCAAAUUCCUUAUCUGGUACCAUACCUAGAUCGUUGGAGAAUCUUUCACAACUUGAGGAAAUUAAUGUGUCUUUUAACCAUUUCCAAGGUGAAAUACCUAGGGGUGGGGUUUUUGCCAAUUCUUCUGCUCAAUCAUUCAUGGGGAAUGAAGGGUUAUGUGGCUUGCCUAAAAUAGGAUUUCCUACUUGUGCUAGCAAUAGUAAGUCGCAGGGAUCAAAGCUGAAAAUCCUUUUCCUCAAGUAUGUAACUCCAGUGGUUGGUGCAUGGAUAUUUGUAAGUGCUUUAGUGUUUCUGUGGCUAAGGCAUAGGCGUAAGAAGCAGCAACCAUCCGAACCUGUAGAAUUGCUACAAAUCAGGACUCACCAGAUGAUUUCAUAUUUUGAGCUUCAACAGGCAACAGAUAGUUUCAGUGAGUCCAAUUUACUUGGAGUAGGUGGUUCUGGUUCUGUGUACAAGGGCACAUUGUCUGAUGGAACAAUUGUGGCGAUAAAAGUUCUGAAAUUACAAGAUGAAGUUGCGCGCAAGAGUUUCGAUGUUGAAUGUGAGGUGAUGAAAAAUAUCAGGCACAGGAAUCUUGUCAAAGUAAUCACAACUUGCUCAAAUCAGGAACUCAGGACCAUUGUCCUUCAAUUCAUGCCAAAUGGGAGUCUUGAAAAUUGGUUGCAUGGGCAGAACAAUCCCUUGAGUCUCCUCCAAAGAGUAAACAUUAUCCUUGAUGUGGCGAUGGCACUGGAAUACCUCCAUCAUGGUUGCGAUGAUCCUGUGGUUCAUUGCGACUUGAAGCCAAGCAAUGUUCUCUUGGAUGAUGACAUGGUGGCAUAUGUAAGUGACUUUGGUAUCUCUAAAAUCCUAGGUGGAAACAGGCUCAUAGCACAAACCAAGACAUUGGGCACAAUUGGCUACAUUGCACCAGAAUAUGGUUCAGAGGGAAUAGUGUCCACAAGUGGUGACGUUUACAGCUACGGGAUCAUGUUAAUGGAGACAUUCACAUCUAGAAAGCCAACAGAAGAGAUGUUCACUGAAAAAACAAGCUUAAGACAAUGGGUAGAAGCAUCAUAUCCCACUGCUGUGAUGGAAGUCGUCGAUGCCAAUCUUUUCGAUGGGGAAGAUCAAAUCAGCACUAGACAGAAAUUUUGCGUAUCAUCUUUGAUCGGAUUGGCUCUUGACUGCUCGAUGGCAAACCCCGAGCAGAGGAUUAACAUGAAAGAUGUGGUGAUCAGGCUUCAGAAAAUAAAGCCCGAGCUCUUAGAAACAAAGAAGUUGCCUACUUUGACACUCUAGUUCUGUCUUCAUCAGUAUGGAAACCAGUAUACCUUUGAUAGUGCACUUUUUUCUUUAAUUGCUUUGAUAGUGUAGUUGAAUGAAUGUAUUGGUGUCAUAAAUUGUUGUAAGUCCGUUCCGAAUCGUAAUCUGG